AUGGCGGAAAAGGAGGAGGCUCUUAUGGCGGAAAAGGAGGAGGCUCCUAUGGCUGUAGAGGAGGCUCUUAUGGCGGAAGAGGAGGCUGCUAGGGAGGUAGAGGUGGCACCUAUGGCAGAAGAGGAGGCUGCUAGGGAGGAAAAGGAGGAGGCUCCUAUGGUUGUAGAGGAGGCUGCUAGGGAGGUAGAGGUGGCACCUAUGGCGGAAGAAGAGGCUGCUAAGGAGGAAAAGGAGGAGGAUCCUAUGGCUGUAGACGCUCCUAUGGCUGUAGAGGUGGCUCCUUUGGCGGAAGAGGAGGCUCCUACAAAAAUUAAGGAAAUUAAGGAAGAGGUGGCUACCAGGGCGAUAGAGGAAGAGGCUACAAUGGAGGUAGAGGAGGAGGUUUGCAGGGCAGAAAGGGAGGAGGCUCCUAUGGCGGUAAAGGAGGUUCGCAGGACAGAAAGGGAGGAGGUUGAGAAAAGAUUUGUUGAGAAAGACUACAAUGGCGCAAGUAUCUAUAAUUUGAGAGCUCAAAUUCUUUGUCCAAGUUUGGAGGGUAUAAAAGAAAUGAAAGCUACAUUUGAUGUGUAUGUUGCAUCUGACAACAUUCAAAGGGGAAACUGA